AUGCCAUGGAAAGUAUUAUCAUUUCAAGAUCGAAAACGUUCAGAAGCACUUUACAAACAUUUCAAAGUCUAUCGGAAUUCAAACUUAAUUGUUUUAUCAUCAUCUGGUGAAGUGAUUACAUCCAAUGAUUCUCGAGAAUUUGCUAUUAAAUCUGAUCUUGUUCUAUGUCUAUGGUCUCAAAGAAAAUCUCUUUUUUAUUCAUGUCAAUCACAACCAGGUGAAUUUCAAUGGAAUCGCAUCGAUUGCAGUCAAUGUUAUAUGCGUCCUUUAGCUAGUAUUCGUUAUGGAUGUAUAAAUUGUUAA